GUUUGCUCCGGCGAUCCAGUGGGUUUUGGUCCGCGAGCUUAAUAGCUAACUUGUGCAUUCCGGACUUGACGGUCGCGUUGUACACUAGUCGCGUAUGUAGUAAAACUCCUCGCAGUGGACGUCGUGUUUUGCCCAUCACCAUUAUCAUAACAGCCCACUUUUAUUACUGCUAUUAUUACGUCGUAACAAUAACAAUUAAAUUGUCUCUUUAUACCGCAAUUAAAUUAGCAAUAUGAUGUUGUUUUUGUGUGACUCCAGUGAAUAAACAAAAAAAAAACGACUUGUGCUUGUGACAGUUUUUAGAUUUUUUAUUAUUUGUUGUGAAGUUUUUCCUGUAUUAAUCGGACAUCCCUCGCUUCGAGGGAUAUUUAAAUAGCUUGCCAAAAUUAACGCCACAAUUAUGAACUCUUAUUUCGAACAGAGUGGCUUCUACGGGAGUCACCAUCACCAAAGCACUGGCUCGGUGGCCGGUCACCAUGACCAAAGUGCAGCGGCGGCGGCCGCCUACAGAUCUUUCCCUCUAAGUCUCGGUAUGUCACCGUACGCAUCCAGCCAGCACCACCACCAUCAUUCCUUACACCAGGCAAGACCUCCACAAGACUCCCCUUACGACGCUUCGGUGGCGGCCGCCUGCAAGUUGUACUCCUCGUCGUCGGACAGCCAACAAAACUCCAUAAACUACAGUUCAUCAAACACGAAACCGGACUGUUCAAAAGGCAAUGCGGAUCAGAACGGAUACGCCUCCGUGGUGGCGGCAGCGGCCGUGAAAGACGUUUGGCAAAGUGCAACAUCCGGAGGUGGUGCAAACUUAUCCAACAGUUUAUCGGGGCCGGUGAGACCAUCGGCCUGCACCCCCGACUCGCGGGUCGGUUACGGAUCAUCAGUGGGACUCGUCGGCGGUGACCCGUCCUCCAGCCCCGGAGCGGCGUCGGGCGGAAGAACCAACUCGUUAUCCUCGUGGAACAACCCGUGUUCUUUAAACUCAUCAUCGUCACAGCCAGUAGGAACCCAAAUCCACCAGCAAACCAACCACACAUUCUACCCCUGGAUGGCAAUAGCAGAUUUGAGAGGUGCGAAUGGCCUCAGAAGGCGGGGCCGCCAGACGUACACCAGGUACCAGACGCUUGAGCUGGAGAAGGAGUUCCACACGAACCAUUACCUGACCCGGCGGCGACGAAUCGAGAUGGCGCACGCGCUGUGCCUGACGGAACGACAGAUCAAGAUCUGGUUCCAGAACCGCCGGAUGAAGCUCAAAAAAGAGAUACAGGCGAUUAAAGAGCUGAACGAGCAAGAGAAACAGGCGCAGGCCCAGAAGGCCGCAGCGGCGGCAGCGGCCGCCGCCGUCGGCUCAGUGGAACAAAAUUAAAGGAUAAAUUGGAUAUUUUUGGAGGAGCGACAAAAUCUUUUUUAUUAAAGGUGAGUCCCUUCACCGCCUUUAAUGAGAUUUCUGUAAAUUUCAUCCAAUUUCGACACAAAAUCUUCCAAAAAUAUUCAAAUCCGCACACGCCACGCGACACUUUGGGCCACAAGAAAAAACCACAACUGAAGCCUGUCACUCAUCUGGCGAGACCAAAACGGAGACCAAAAUUUAUUUAUUUUACAUGAAAUGUCAUUGGGCAACGGUUCUCUAUUAUGACAUUAAAAAAUUCAAACAGUAAGUACAAUUCACUCGCUAAAUUAUUAAGUCUUACGAGAAAUUUUCAAAGAAUUUUUUAAUGUUCUUAGAGUGUUGCUCUGUAAAUAUACGUAACUAAAGGUCCUCUGGUUUCUUUGGAUGAAACAUGCCAGAUAUGCGAGAAUGAUAUUUGCAUAUUACCUCUUGCCAUUUAUAAAUUAAAUUAUUAAUUGAUAUUAUUAUUUUCUUGUGGCCUGAUAGGGACAAUUUAUUUAUAUUUAUGAUGUUUUAUUGUAAAUUCUUGUGAGAAAUUGUAUGAAGUUUGCGGAAUAAUUGUACUUAGACUGUACUUUAGAAUAUAUCGUUAUUUUUUGUGUUGUUAUAUUAUAAAUAUUGCGUUCUGGAUGCAAGUAUUGUACCUAUAUAAAUAAAUAAUAUAAGUCUGUAUAAAGUGUCUGUGUUAAAUAUUUCUUUGUAAAGUUUGUUUUGUUAUUUUUUUAUAUUCGAAUUAAUUUUAAUAUUAUGUAU